AUGGUGCCCCUGCUGCUGCUGGCCCUGCUGUGGGGGGGGUCCCUGCAGGAGGAGCGAGGGUUCGAGCUCCGCGUGCAGGAAUCAGUGACGGUGCAGGCGUGCGGGGGCGUCCACGUGCCCUGCUCCUUCUCCUACCCCUGGUAUGCCUCUGGCCAACUCUACAUCUAUUGGUUCCGGGAAGGGGACAACGUAAACACUGAACCUGUGGCCACAAACAACCCAAACAGACGAGUGAAGCCAGAGACCCGGGGUCGAUUCCGCCUCCUCGGGGACCCCUGGAAGAACAACUGCUCCCUGAGCAUCAGAGACGCCAGGAUGAGUGACAAAGGGGUCUACUUCUUCCGAGUGGAGAGGGGAACUCAUGUGAAACACAGUUACAGAGAUAAGAAGCUGAAUUUGCAGGUGACAGCGCCAGCAGAGAAUCCCAGCAUCCACUUUUUGGAGCCUCUGGAGUCCGGCCGCCCCACAAAGCUGACCUGCUGCCCAUCACUAGUCUCUGAUGGGGGACAACCUCUUGUGUUCUCCUGGGCGGGGGAUGCCCUUGACAUCAUGGACCCAGAAACCCUGCACUCCUCGGUGCUCACCCUCACCCCGAGGCCCCGGGACCAUGGCACCAACCUCACCUGUCGUGUGGAACUCCAAGGAGCUCAGGUGACCACGGAGAGAACCAUCCGACUCAAUGUCUCCUAUGCUCCGUGGAACCUCACCAUCAGCAUCUCCUUCAGAAACAUCACAGCCGUCAAGAUUCUGCAAAACACCUCGUCCCUUCUCAUCUCGGAGGGUCAGGCUCUGCAGCUGCUCUGUGUUGCUGACAGCAACCCCCCUGCACAGCUGAGCUGGUUCCGAGGGUCCCAAGCCCUGAACCCCACCCCCAUCUCCAACACGGGGAUCCUGGAGCUGCCAGGCUUAGGAGCUGCAGAAAGAGAAUUCACCUGCCAAGCUCAGAACCCUUUGGGCUCCCAAUAUACCUCCCUGAGCCUCUCUGUGGUCUACCCCCCACAGCUGCUGGGACCUUCCUGCUCCCAGCAGGACGAGGGUCUGCAGUGCAGCUGCUCCUCCCAAGCACAGCCGGCCCCCUCACUACGUUGGCAGCUGGGGGAGGGGCUGCUGGAGGAGCAUUUCAGCAAUGCCUCCUUCAAGGUCACCUCCAGCUCCUCUGAGCCCUGGGCCAACAGCUCCCUGAGCCUCACUGGGGGGCUCCGCUCUGGCCUCAGACUCACCUGUGAAGCCCGGAAUAUUCACGGGGCCCAGAGCGCCACUGUCCUGCUGCUGCCAGGGAAACCGGCAUCCCUGAAUGGAGUGGUUCCUGGGGCUCUUGGAGGCGCUGGUGGCAUGGCCCUGCUGUCACUGUGUUUGUGCCUUAUCUUCUUUUGCAUGGUCCCAGGCAAAAGCCCUCCCCAGACGGUCCCCCAGACCAGACGUCAUCCCCUGCGGAGGAUGCCCUGCCCUCAGAGGAGCAGCAGGAGCUCCAUUACGCCUCCCUCAGCUUUCAUGGGUCGAAGUCUUGGGAGCCUGCAGACCAGGAGGCCACCAGCACCAGCGAGUACUCAGAGAUCAAAACAAGCUAAUUGGGACUCGCCUAGAGCUCGGUCCUGGCUGAAGGAAUCACAGCCUGUGUGGGGAAAAGGAGAAGCCAGGGACUAGUUAAUGAAGCCUUUGUGGCAACAUUAACAUUAACUACUGUAUGUGUCCCCAAGUAGAGCAGAAAGCAGGCAGGUGCUGGAAUUAGAGAGACUUGGGCUCAAAUGCAGGUUCCAGCACUUCCUAAGGCAUCGUUAGCAAGCAAUUUACGUCAUCUCUCUGUGUCUCAGUUUUCCAUUCUGUAAAUUGGAGAUCAUGUGUCCUACCUCAAAGCUGGGUGAUCAUUAAAGAAAG